AUGCGCGGUGUCCGGCUACCGGCCUGGGCUCCGGGCGUCAGCCCUAGGUCGGUCUUGAGGCCGCAGAGCGCUGUGCUUCGUGACAUCUUUCCUUUAGCAAGCCGAACUUCUUCUCGACUUUUCGAAUCCAAUGGCGCCAAUCGACUUUACACCAGUGCCUCAGGAGCGCUCCGCGACAAAGCCGGUAGUUCUGUCCGACCGGCCGAGGUUCCACUUCUGCUUCGCCGACACAACUCCAAAAAUACCCCGUAUACAUCUCGCAUUGUUUCUCAAAUACGGUUUCUGAAUUCAUCGUCGCAUCUCUAUCAAGCGAAACCCCCAUUGUCUCCCUCGCCAGCCUCGAAUAACUCCGACGCCAAUGGUCGCUCGGUUCCGGAAAAGGACGGCGAAGACGCUGAAGAUAAAGGGUUCGAACUAUCGGAGAGAGCCGCUCAAGCUGCGCAGGUCAAUCUCCGGGCUAAGCUGGCCAAGGAUGGCGCUUCGGGCAAAAAGUCUGGCUUCGCGGAAAUCUGGCGACUGUUCAAGAUUGCGCGACCCGAGGCGAAGGCGCUCGGAUUUGCAUUCUUCUUCUUGCUUAUCUCUUCUUCUAUCACGAUGUCGAUUCCCUUCUCAAUUGGUAAGAUCAUGGACGGGGCCACAAAGAGUGAAGAAGAAGGUGGUGGUCAGCUGUUUGGCCUGAGCAUUCCCAUGUUCUACACUGCCCUAGGUGGUAUUCUGCUCGUGGGUGCCGCUGCCAACUACGGCCGGAUCAUUAUCCUCCGUAUCGUUGGUGAGCGAAUUGUUGCGAGACUGCGCUCCAAGCUUUUCCGCCAGACUUUCGUCCAAGAUGCCGAAUUCUUUGAUGCCAACCGGGUCGGUGAUUUAAUUUCUCGCCUGAGCUCGGAUACCAUCAUUGUUGGCAAGAGCAUCACGCAAAACUUGUCUGAUGGUCUCCGUGCUGGUGUUAGCGGUGUGGCUGGAUUCACUUUGAUGGCCUAUACCAGUCUCAAGCUCUCCAGUAUCCUAGUUCUGCUGCUGCCCCCAAUUGGUCUAGGUGCGCUCUUCUACGGACGGGCUAUUCGCAAUCUCAGUCGCAAAAUCCAGAAGAACCUGGGUACACUUACCAAGAUUGCCGAGGAGCGCUUGGGUAACGUGAAGACUAGUCAGUCAUUCGCGGGUGAGAUUCUUGAAGUCAACCGAUACAACACCCAAGUGCGCAAGAUCUUUGACCUUGGUAAGAAGGAGUCCUUGAUCAGUGCGACUUUCUUCAGCUCGACCGGAUUGAUGGGAAACAUGACCAUUUUGUCUUUGCUUUAUGUCGGAGGUGGUAUGGUCCAAACAGGGGCCAUCAGCAUCGGAGAAUUGACAUCAUUCCUUAUGUACACUGCAUAUGCUGGUUCCAGCAUGUUUGGCCUCUCAAGUUUCUAUUCCGAGCUCAUGAAGGGUGUCGGUGCUGCAAGCCGAUUGUUCGAGCUGCAGGAUCGCCAGCCGACUAUCCAUCCGACCAAGGGUCUCAAAGUUGAGUCUGCACGGGGACCUAUCCGAUUUGAGAAUGUCUCCUUCAGCUACCCAACCCGACCUGCUGUGACAAUUUUCAAGGACUUAAACUUUGAGAUUCCACAAGGAACCAACGUGGCUAUUGUCGGUCCUUCGGGGGGUGGCAAGUCCACGAUUGGCUCCAUCCUGCUUCGAUUCUACAGCCCUACUGGAGGCAGGGUCCUCAUCAACGGCCAGGAUAUCAAGGAUAUGAAUGCCAAGUCUCUCCGACGGAAGAUCGGUGUGGUCGCUCAGGAGCCCGUUCUUUUCUCCGGUACCAUCGCCGAGAACAUUUCCUACGGUCGGCCUCAUGCCACGCGAUCUGAGAUUGUUGCUGCAGCUCGCAAGGCAAACUGUCAAUUUAUCAGUGACUUCCCCGAUGGACUCGAUACCCCCGUAGGAGCUCGCGGCGCGCAGCUGUCUGGCGGACAGAAGCAGCGCAUUGCCAUUGCCCGUGCCCUGAUCAAGGAGCCUGAUAUUCUAAUCCUCGACGAAGCCACCUCUGCCCUUGAUGCUGAAUCGGAGACAUUGGUCAACAGUGCGUUGGCCGCUCUUCUACGCGGCAACAAUACUACCAUCAGCAUCGCUCAUCGCCUUUCUACCAUUAAGCGGUCUGACACGAUCAUUGUGCUUGGCCCUGAUGGCACUGUCGCCGAACAAGGCUCUUACGAGGAACUCAGCAAUCGCCCUGACGGAGCUUUCACCAAGCUCAUGGAGUGGCAGAUGAGCGGCGGAGACCAAGUCCCUUCUCCGACGCCGGCAGUCCCGCCUGAAGAACUCUACACGCUUGAAAAAGCCACAGAGCAGGAGUUUGAAGAAGACGAGGAGGUGGAGGAAAUCAAGCCCCUGAAAAAAGAAUAG